AUGCUAAAGCCGAUAUUCAGGAAUAGUAGCAAUGUUAAUGUUUUGAGAAUAAGAAAGUCUCUCCACACGAAAUACUCGAUAAUAAGUGUUCCAACAAUAAUUCAAACAAAAGAAGUUAAGGACUAUGAACGAGAUAUUAAUGAAUGUAAACUAUGUGAUAAGGAGAAUAAAUUAGAAAGUUGUCUUCCUGCUAAUGCAAAGGGUUUUGGUUUAAUCCCUGCUUAUAAUCGUCAUGUUUUGUUGAUUUCUCCUAUAGGUGUUUCUGGUUUUCAAUGGUGUAGUAAUUUGAAAAUGGAUGGAUUAAGUUGGCCAUUUAAUGUCAUUAAACAAUUACAAGAUUCGUUUAGAUUCGAGAAUGAAGGGAAUGAUAUUUUAAUAAAUGCUAUUUCUUUACAAAAUCAUACGUGGGGAGAAUUGAAAUUGAGUAAGAAUGAAAAUAUUUGUCAUGUAUUGGUAUUGCCUGAUUAUAAAAUUUAUAAGAUUAAGAAAGAUAAAGUUGAAGUAGAUAAAUUUAUCCAAUUUUUGAAAUGCAAACCAAAUGAUAAUAUGCCAGUAUUAUGGAAGAAUUACGAAGAAUGUUUAAAGGAUUGGAUAUUUAUAUGUGGUCAUCAACAACGUGAUGAACGUUGUGGUAUUAUCGGACAUGAAUUGGUCCCCUUAUUUGAGAAAUACUAUGGGGAUAAGAAAAAUAUUGCAAUAAUUUCCCAUAUUGGGGGUCAUAAAUAUGCAGGAAAUGUUAUAUAUUAUAACCAAAUCAAAAAUGAUGAUAAGAAUAAGGAACUUGCGGAUUGUUUAUGGUUUGGUAAGGUGUUGCCGCCCAAUUUAAAAACUUUAUGUGAUAGUCUCGAAAAUAAAAAGAUAAUAAAGGAAUUAUAUAGAGGUGGAGUUUCCAUGCAAAAAUAA